UUGUGUGAUGUCAGGGAUUAGUAUGAGAACGAUAAAACGCCUUUUCUCGAGCUCUGUUUUUUACCGUUUUGCCAGCAGCCACAUGAGUAGAAGCAAUGAAAUAAAGAGAGUCUCGAUCGAAGGAAACAUUGCGGUCGGGAAGUCAACAUUCGCCAAGCUGCUGCAGAAUGCAGGACAGGACUGGGAAGUGAUAGCAGAGCCCGUCAGCAAAUGGCGAAAUGUGGACCAAACGACUCCGCAGACAGUGGAUGGUGCUCAGCCAUCAUCCAGUAACCUGUUAGAGAUGAUGUAUCAUGAUCCAAAGCGCUGGUCCUACACUUUCCAGACGUUCUCCUGCAUGAGUCGCAUGCGCACACAUCUGCAGCCCCUUGCUGCCAGAUUAAUGCAGUCCACAGGUACGCCGGUACAGGUGUACGAGCGCUCUGUCUACAGCGACAGGUACAUCUUUGCUUUAAAUAUGUUUGAGCUUGGCUGUAUAAACUCAACAGAGUGGGCUGUGUAUCAGGAUUGGCACUCCUUUCUUGUUGAGCAGUUUGGUCAUCGAAUUCAACUGGAGGGCAUCAUAUAUCUCCGAGCAUCUCCACAGACCUGCAUGGAGAGGUUAGGCAGACGAGGUCGAAUGGAGGAACAGGGAAUUCAGCUUGACUACCUUGAGAAACUCCACACAAAACAUGAAGACUGGCUCAUCAACAAGAGUACAAAGGUUCAUUUUGAGCACCUGGUGAAGCUGCCAGUGUUGGUUCUGGAUGCUGAAGUAGAGUUUGAGAAAGACACUAAGGUUCAAGACGAUCUCUUAACAAAGGUGACAGAUUUUUUCAGAGUAUUAUAAAUGACAUCAUGGGACUGAAGCACAAGGACCAUUUCUUGACGACAGUAAACAUCCACUAAGUAUCUUGGAAUGUUUGACCAAGUGGCAGAUAAAAAUGUUCUUUGCAGCAGAAGACCGUCAUCUCUAAUGCAGUUUUCUGUACAUUCACAGUGGAGAUGAAGUUGGUCUGUGGUUGGCAGUAGAGCACAGAAAACCCACCACGACCAAAAACUAGUUAUAUAAACAAGAAGUCAUUUUGUUAGUCAAUGCAGUGAAGAGUAUGUGAAGAUGUUUUGCAAUACUGGGUAAUAAAAACUGUACUGUGAUGUGUAUAUGUGUGUAUAUGUAUAUAUUUAUAUUUAUAUAUAUGUGUGUGUAUAUAUAUAUAUAUAUAUAUAUAUAUAUAUAUAUAUAUAUACACAUAUACACU